AUUUGAUAAUUUUCAUGAAAUUUCUGUCAUGUUUCCGGUAACCAAGAGUUUAUUCAGUCGUCUUCCUCUCGUACCAGCAACAAUGGCUCUUUCUGCCGUCGUUAGGGUUUACUCUACUACCCCUCCCACCUCUCCUUCCGAGGUUUCCGUCAAGAGAGUUGGUACUCAUAAUGGAAGCUUUCACUGCGACGAGGCUCUCGGUUGCUUCAUGAUCCGCCUCUCCGAUAAAUUCUCCGGCGCCGAUAUCGUCCGUACUCGUGACCCCAAGAUAUUGGGUGAGCUGGAUGCAGUGCUUGACGUUGGAGGUGUUUAUGAUCCCCACCAUGACCGCUAUGACCAUCACCAGAAAGGCUUUGAAGAGGUUUUCGGACACGGAUUCAACACCAAACUCAGCAGUGCUGGUCUCGUUUACAAGCAUUUUGGAAAGGAGAUCAUAGCUAAGGAACUUAACGCCGAGCAAGACCACCCUGAUGUCCUUCGCUUGUUUCUAGCUGUCUACAAGAGCUUUAUGGAGGCGAUUGAUGCUGUGGACAACGGAAUAAAUCAGUAUGAUACUGAUAAGCCUCCAAGAUAUGUGAACAACACACAUCUUUCUUCAAGGAUUGGAAGAUUAAAUCUGGAUUGGAUUGAUCCUGAUCAGUCACAGGAGAAGGAGAAUGAGGCUUUCCAGCUUGCAAUGGCUCUAGCUGGCGAAGAGUUCCUCCAAAGUGUUAGAUUUCAUGUAAGGUCGUGGUUACCGGCUCGAUCAAUAGUGAUGCAAUGUCUCGAAGAAAGAUUCAAGACUGACCCAAGUGGGGAGAUCAUGGUAUUGAAAAAGUUUUGCCCUUGGAAGCUUCACUUGUUCGAGCUUGAACAAGAGAUGAAGAUCGAACCCCUCAUCAAAUACGUCAUCUACGAGGACGAGCGAGGAAAGCAAUGGAGAGUUCAAGCAGUGGCGGUUGCACCGGACAGGUUUGAGAGCCGAAAGGGUCUUCCUGAGCAAUGGAGAGGACUGAGAGAUGAGCAACUCUCUGAAGCUGCUGAGAUCCCAGGUUGCGUAUUUGUUCACAUGAGCGGCUUUAUAGGCGGAAACCACUCCUUUGACGGCGCUUUAUCCAUGGCUCGAACUGCUCUCACUCUCUAAAUUCAAACCAAAAAAGCAUAAAGAGUAUAAAAGUACUUCUUUAUACUGUACAAUUUCUGUUUUUUCAGUUGAAGUGGUUAGCAAACAUUCCGUCGAACACUUAGAGGGCAAUACACGAUCGUUGCUGAAUA